UCAAGGUUAAAGCCUUAUGAGUGUAGUGGGUUUUUGAAACGAUUUAAAGUUGCACAUGACUUUACGUGUGCUAUGUUAAAGUGCACAAACGCUGAACAUUAACAUACACAGUGGACAUGGAAAAUGUUUACGUGAAUGCUAUACAAAAGUUUUUGGAUAUUAAUUCAGCAAAUGAUAUAGAACAACUCUUGAGUAUCAAUAAGCAAACUCGAAGGAAUCAUUUGCUUCUUUCUGAUUCUCCAUCUGACUGCUCGACAACAUGCUCAAGUGAUGACCAGUGUGUUACAGCUUUCCCCGUAUAUAUAGAUGAAUAUGGGACACGUACUGGUGUAUUCGUAUCCUUAGUGAAAAACCAACCUUCCAAUCAAAGCGCCAUUUUCAUAUUCACUGAAUCACAAAAUCUCGAUGUCAAUCAAACCGAUGUUAUUCUAAUGGAUAUUUUUAUAUUGGAGGAUGUACUGAGUUGUGAAAUGGACCUUUCAGGUUGUAUCCAGUUAACUGGAAAACGAUUAGUGAACACUGUUCGUUUCGGUAAACAAUCAGUCUAUGAUAAUUUUCAUCCUUUUACAAUUCUAUGUAAUAAUAAUAAUAAUGGUGAGCAGAACUCAACGCUUAAAGAAGAUAAUGGUGAUGUAACCACUGACAGUGAAUUAUUCAUAUCUGAUCGUAUAAAGAAAAUAAGUAAGGAGAGAAACAGGAUGAAACCAGAGUUUCAAUCUUUAAAAGUAACACUGGAAUUUUUCACCAGCGAUGAUGCUGCAGAAUUUCAUAGACAGAUAAUUCAAUGUUUUUCUAAGUGCACAAAAACUUUAUCUCAACCUGAAUUGACUAUUACUGCUGAGACGUCGACCGCCUUCUUUAUGAAUGAUGUAGACGUAGAAGAUUUUGACGAUGAUGAACAAGGAGAUGAGGCGACUUUUGAAGAGAAAUAUUCUUGGCUAUAUAAGUACCUCUUUUCCGGAAAACGAGGAUCAAUAGUUCUUCCCACAACUUCAACCGAUCCCAGUGGUUUAGUUACUUCAGAUUCUGGUAGCAUUCAUACAAGUAUGCACGAUAUAUCUGAGGAAACAUUUUCCUCUCUACACGAAAAAACUAGCAGUUGUCCAGUCUUAGAUGAUAUCAAAGUACCGAUUCCUAAUGAAUAUGUUCGAACAAAGCGGAAAGUAACCAAGCGAUUGAUUAAAUUACGUCGGUGUAAAUCUUCUUUAUCCACAUCACAAGGAAAACCAGAAAUACCUUCACAGACAAUGAAAUUAUUGGAUAAAAAAGUGAAUUCUUACAAUAUCUUAAAAACUGAUCAUCAUUCACGGAAUAUAACACAUAGUGAUGGCUUAACAAAAUCUCAAAAUUAUUCUGAUCCACGUUUGUCUUCUUCACCUGAAAAUAGACAAUUUGUGGAGCCGAAAAUUUAUCAUCCUAAUAUUGAGAAACGUUUAACCUAUGAAAGUCGUAAGACUGAAAGAAUUACCAUUUGUAUUGGUACAUGGAAUGUGAAUGCUCGAAAUGUUAGCAGUGUGAAUUUAGAUGAUUGGCUUAUGCCUCCUGAAGGCCAACCACCGGCUGAUAUUUAUGUUUUUGGACUACAAGAAUUGGAUUUAAGCAUCAGAGGUAUUACUAUGAAUAAGACUAGUUCUUCUGGACCAGAAGACUUAUGGAUUCAACAGUUAGAACAAGCCUUAGGUGGUUUACUGAAACCACCGAAUUCCAACAUCAGAUUUACUGAUAAAACUGAUACUGGUAAUACAUUUGCAGGCCAAUGGCACCAGCAUACUGGUGGUGGAUACCUGAGAGUAAGACGUGUUCGUCUAGCUGGUAUUAUGAUGAUAGUGUACAUAUCAGCUAAAUUGUCAGUUCAUCUACGUCGUCAUGAAGUUUCUCAUCAGGUUGUGCCAACUGGAGUUUGGAAUGUAAUGGGUAAUAAAGGUGGUGUUUGCCUAAGGCUAACUAUAUUCAAUUCUUCAUUGUGUUUUGUAAAUUGUCAUUUGGCUGCUGGUAAAGAAAAACUUAAACGUCGUAAUGAAGAUUUCAAAGAGAUUGUACGCAAAAUGUCAUUGUUAUUACCAAUAAAUCAAAAGCAUUUAUCAUUUCCGGUUAGAAAGUCAUACAUAUCAAUUCAUGAUGUAAUUUUCGUAUUUGGUGAUAUGAACUAUCGAAUAACUGGUUUGAAUUCGGAUAAUGUUCGGAGGUUGAUCCAACAGAAGAGGUAUUCCACACUGCUUAGGAAUGAUGAACUUUUGAAACAACUGAAUACAAAAAAGGUAUUUCAAGGCUUUCGUGAAUCGAAAAUCACUUUUGCUCCAACCUAUAAAUUUGAUGUGAAUACUAACAUAUAUGAUUCAAGUGAAAAAAAUCGAAUACCGGCCUAUUGUGAUCGAAUUAUCUGGUAUGGCAGAGGCUGUGAACCAGUUGUGUAUAGAUCACAUCCAAAGUACGUGUCCAGUGAUCAUAAACCAGUUUCAGGUUAUUUUACAGUUGAAGUAUUUUGAACAUAUAAAUUUCAAUAGUACCAAUUAAUUGUUUCAAUAAGCUAUUCAUACAAUUGAUAACAUUGAACAAUUGAUUACCGUUUUUCUUACGUUUGUGUGUGUGUAUGCAGCAAUGUAUGUGUGUAUAAUCGGUAUGUGUAAAUGUGUGUGUACGUGUGUUUUUGUUUGUGUGUCUGUUUAUCAAGCUAUCACGUGUAUAUUUCAAACUCUGUACUUAGUUAUAUCAAUCAUACAUUAUACAUAGAUUAUUACUACUGCUGUUAUCAUUACUAUUAUUAUUAUCAUUACUUUUAAUGAUUUUAAAAUGCGCAAUACGGAUAAACAACUUGUCUUUCUAAAGAUGUCAUAAUCAUUGAUAAAUAAUGAGGAAUUUGAGGUAUAUAUUACUGGAUACCUUCCUGGAUGACUGAAUUCUUUGUACGUGUUUCCUUAACUUUGUUUAUUCGAUUCAAUAACAUUUGUGUGUAACUUUUGUUGAUGGCGGCAAAUUAUUU